UGAAGGGCGACUCCCAUCACUGCACUGGAGUCUGAGGCUUCGGGAAGGGUGCGGAACUGAGGCUGCGCUUGGGACCAUUCACCCUGCGCUUCUGUGAAGCCCAAGGCCUCCGUGGGGUCAAAUUCCGCUUCAUUCGGCGGCGGGGAGUGACACAUGGAGACUGAAAAUGAAUCUCUUCCAUUGGAGAACGCUUCAAUUCUGUCUGAGAGCUCCUCGCAGGAGGGACAUCGACUCUGGAUUGGCAAUCUCGAUUCCAGGUUAACUGAGUAUAAUCUUCUAAAGCUACUGCAGAAGUUUGGAAAAGUGAAGCAGUUUGACUUCCUGUUCCAUAAAUCGGGUCCACUUGAGGGGCAACCUCGAGGUUACUGCUUCGUGAAUUUUGAGACUAAAGAGGAGGCUGAGCGAGCUAUUCACUGCUUAAAUGGAAAACUUGCCCUCGCUAAGAAACUGGUGGUGCGCUGGGCACAUGCACAGAUAAAGAGAUAUGAUCAAUACAAAAAUGAUAAGAUUCUUCCGAUAAGUCUGGAACCAUCUUCAAGCACUGAACCAGUCCAAUCCACAUUAAGCAUUAGUGCAAAAAUAAAAGCAAUUGAAACCAAGCUCAAAAUGAUGGCUGAAAAUCCAGAUAUGGAAUAUAAAGGAGCUCCAACUUACUCGUACAAUAAGCCCACGGAAAAAGUGUUGGGUAACAGGUCACGGACUGCUCCCUAUUCUAAGUUUGCUCGUAAAUCCAAACGAUGACCAAGACGGGGACUUCUGUGAGAUCUUCCUCAUCAGAAUUUUUAAAGGCAUUGGCGGCACCGUAACAGACACCAAUUGCUGGACUGUGACUUGAUACGAUAUAAUUUAUUUUUCUAAGAAAACAAAUUUAUCUUGUUUCGCUUUCUAGCAUAUAAUAUUCCAGUGUGGUUAUUAAGAAUUCCACUUAAUGUCAGGUCUCCAUGCUGGAGAGCUGGUUCUCCAACCUGAGUGUCUGCUUUAACCACGCUGUUUACAACUCAUGAUGUUGGCUGAUGUUAUUUUACUGUUUGUAGAGCAGGGACGUUACCAAGUUUGAUCAUCGAGAAUGCUUUAUAAUCAUGCCACUUUUAUACUUGAGUAAACUUGCGAGUUUUCCACAAAGAGCCUUGGAUAUUGGGUAUCUUCAUCUUUCCAUGUUGUUGUGACACACAGAUGUAAAUCUGACAGCAAAGAAUAUGGUAGAAUUGAUUACUUUUGUAUUAAUUGUGUUUAAAAUAGUGGAUUCCUGGUAAUUGGGACACAUUGGAACCAGUAAAUUUUGGCCCAAUUAAGCGGCUGCUCCAAUUAGCCGAAGUUUCAUGGAAAUAGUUAAGAAGGUGUAAAAAAGGCUAACUACCAUUAAGCUGAGUAACAUUUUCUGUAUUUAAAUGAAAUGCAGAAUAAAUUAGAAAGCUUUAAGUACCACUCAUCGUCGUCAUUAUGUGCUAUGUGGUAUGAUGUGGUCAGUCAUGGUCUUCUAUCUGUCUUUAAUCUGACCUCUUUCCUGGGGGGAAGACCCCCCUCAUGCUGUUCUUACUCUUUUCUCUAACCAUGACCAUGAUUGUCCUUGGCACAUUUUUUUACAGAAGUGAUUUGCCAUUGCCUUCUUCUGGGCAGUGUCUUUACAAGACAGAUGACCCAGCCAUUAUUGAUACUCAUCAGAGAUUGUCUGCCCGGUGUCAGUGGUCGCAUAACUAGGAUUUGUGAUAUGCACCAGCUGCUCCCAUGACUACGUGUGACCCUGACUGGAGCGGCUACACCUUGGCCAAGGGUGACCUGCAGGUUAGCAGAGGGAGAACUGCCUUACACUCCUUUGGUAGAGACAUGUCACCACCCCGCUACCUGAACUAAUACUACUACAGUGCUAUAACAAUUAGAAACUAAUGUAGUUUUAUUGUUGGAGGAAUUCAUCUGCUGUGCUCUUUUCAUUGUCUAUAAAUGAACAAAAUUAGCACAGAUACCUAGUGCAAAUAGUGGACUGCCUUCAUACAAUGCUUUCAACGAUUGCAUCCUCCAAAUCUUCAUUUUCAUUGUAACAUUCAAGAUGAUUGUCGAUACCUUCAAAUUCUUGAUAAUUCCUAAAGUUGUUGAAGUAGUGAAGUUGUUCACUCCUGGCCGUUUCUGGCAUCUCCAAGCCUGAAUGCUUGAAACCACAGUGAGCAAAACAGUUCUGAAUUGUCUUACUGUGUAUUUCUCACCAAACAUCAGUGACAAAAAUCACUGCUUUUUGAAGACACAUUUAAAAAUUGUUCGCUCAAAGCACGGUGUACUGUCUGACAGCCACACAAGUGCACACAACUGACGCUAGUUAGAAACUGUUUGGCAACAGUCUCCUGCCCCAAUUAAGCAGUGUUGUGCCCAAAUGAACAAAGGGAAUCCCUGCUAUUUUCUCAAUUUAGUUUUUGUUAAGAGUUGUCUCAACUAAGCUGCCCCAAUUAACCGAUGGUCCAAUUAACUGGAAUCCGCUGUAAUUGUAAGAUAGUGUGAGUGGUAAGAUAGCAAAGGCUGUAUAUCGUAAACAUAGAUAGCAAAAGAGAAAAUCCAGGCAAUAUUCAGGGAGUUGAGUGUAGGAGGGAGAUAUACAGUUCACGUUUCACAUUAAUAAUAUUUUGACAGAAUUGAAAAUGUUGGGAAAAACACAAGUUUUAAGAUGUGGAGAAAAACAGGGAGGUGGUAUACAAAAGGAAAGGCCCGGAUAGGGAGGAAGACACAAUGACUAACACAAGAGAUUCAGCAGAUGCUGGAAAUCUAGAACAAUACACACAAAAUUCUGGAGGAACUCAACAGGUCAGGCCACAUCUAUGGAGGGGAAUAAAGAGUCAACAUUUCAGGUCAAGACCCUUUAUCGUUGGAUUUUGAUCUUUAAGAGUUGUCCCAAAUUAGCAGCUGCCCUGAUGAACUAAUGACCCAAUUAACCUAAUCCACUCUAGUGUGGUUAGUUAUAAAUCAGUCUGUGUAGCUGGACUCAAACAGCUAUUUGUUUCCCGCUGUCACGUACUGAAAUCUACAAAUGCAUUGUGGUUGGUGGGUAUAUUUUUUAAAACAAAAAUAAAUUUUUCUCGUUUGUCAUAAGAGCAGAUGAGUACAUAUUUCUGAAGUUAUUUACUUGGAGUCCAUAACUCUGAGUUCCGUGAUCGAGUCCUUCCUUCCUGUGCAAACCUGACUAAUACCUCACGUUUGCUCAAAGGGGAUAGUGGUACACAGCAUUCCUUGCAGAAUGUUAAAGAGAGAUCUUUCCACUAAUCAGCUAUGGUUUCCCCCUCGCAUGCAAGGGGAACACAAAACAAUUUAAACCAUUGGUAACAAAAUAUUUAGCAUACAGUAAUAUGAUCACGGACCAGUCAAGUAUUGUAAUGUGCAAACAUGAAGUCGUAAAUAUUUACAAAAAUUGAUACUGUCAUUCUAAACUGCCUUGGAGUUAAAUUGCUUCAUGCUUCAAGGGCUGAAGUUCUGAUCUUACCAUGUAGCCGGCCAGAUGUCUUAAACACGAUGCACAGCUUUGUGAAGACAGAGCCUUUCAUAUGUUAGCCAAGCCACUAAUUCAGUCUCAGGAACUGGCUGGUCUCUUUUUUUAAAUACGAGCCACCCAGAGAGGUAAGAUUGCUUCCUUUUCUGCCCCCAAGACUUAAUAUACAAAUCAGGCCCAAAGUGACUCUAUAAUUUCCAGUUAUACUGAAGUUCUUAAACCUGUAUAACUUGAGGACGUAGCGGUUAGCUCAACACUAUUACAGCUUGGAGCGUCGAAUUUUGGAGUUCAAUUCCAGCGUCUUCUGUAAGUAGGUUUGUGUGAUCCUUUCUGUGUGCACGUGUGAUUCCUUCCGGUGCUCCAGUUUCCUCCCACAGUCCAAAAGAUAUACUGGUUAAUUGGUCAUUGUAAAUUGUUCUGUGAUUAGCGUAGUGUUAAAUCGAGGGUUGUUGGGUGGUGCAGUUCCAAGGGUCACAGAGGCCUUUUCCACACUAUCCCUCAAGAAUUAAAUAUUAAAAAAUCAUGAUUUUAACUGGAAACCAUCUUUUGUGACUCAAUCCCUUUCUAGAGGUUGUUAAUCCAUGCCAAUGAUGGUAAAAUGUUAACAUGACUUCUUGUAUGAAAUUUGUUAUUUAUACUUACAAUUGACCACACGAUUGUCAAAAUCAGUGAAUGGACAGAAAUGUGUUGGUGGCUUUUUUUGUACAUUUUGUGACUGGUUUACCAGUUUCCUUUUCUGUACUGCCCCACGCUGUCUUUUUGAGACUUAAAAAAUAAACAUAU